AUGGCAUCUGAUUCGAUCAGCUUGGCGAGAAGAGAUGGUCUUGUCGAGAUUGAACGGAAAGCAGCAAAACUGUGGGAGGAGGAGCAAGUGUUCAAGGCUGAAGCUCGUAAGGAAGCAGGAGAAAAGUUCUUCUCGAGCUUCCCUAUGCCGUACAUGAAUGAUCAUCUACACAUGGGGCACGCCUUGUCACUUUCCAAGGCUGACUUUGCUUGUGCUUAUCGUAGACUAAGAGGCGCUAAUGUGCUCCUUCCGUUUGCCUUUCACUGUUCUGGAAAUUCGAUUUUUGAGUCUGCGGACAGGAAUACUCGUGAGCACUCGGAGGAGUACAGGAUUGUUCUUGAGAAACUCGCGGCUGGAGUGAAACGUGAGGAGAUAAGGUAUUCAGAGCUUCCUGCGUGGGAGGUUUCGCGCCAGAAUUGUGCUAAUCUAAGACAACUCCGCGAUCCAUUUUUAUAUGGCGCGGCCCUGGGGAGUACAAGAUAUUCUCAACUGAAACUAACCGUCCUUGUUGAUGAGCCUCAAGAGUAUUUACUUAUUAAGAUUGAAGUUGUGAAGCCAUUUUCUGUGAAACUGGCUCCUUUGGAAGGAAAGAAUGUGUUUUUGGCUGCAACCACUCCGAGUCCUAUGUUUGGAAAACAAUCCGUACGUGUAUCGCCUGAUGGGAAAUAUGGAGCUUAUGAAAUCAAUGAAACUGAUGUCUUCAUCCUUACUCAUAGAGCUGCAGACAACCUUGCCUACCAGAACUUCUCAAAGAUCCCUCGGGAGUCGUCCUGGUUACUUGACUUGACCGGGUAUGAUCUGAUUGGACUCCCUUUGAGGUCUCCUCUGGCAGUGGACAAGAUCAUCUAUGCUCUCCCAAGCCGAACCAUUCUGGCCAACAAGGGUACUGGCAUUGUCACCAGAGGGCCUAAUGAUGCCCCUUCUGAUGAAGAAAUUAUGCUCCUUAUCAAGGACAAGCUCAUAGAGUCUGCCGAGGCAGUCUGCCGAGGCCAGAAUCCUCCAUCUCCAGGCUGUCCAACCGCCAUCUUUCUUAUAUUACCAUGA